AUGGAUGAACAAUUUGAUUUUCGAGCUUUAUUACUUAAACUUCAAGAUUAUUUAUCAGAUAAUGAUCGACGACGUCUUCAUUUUAUUGUUGGUGAUACUAUACCAAGACAUUUACGUGAUGAUCCAACACUUGGUGGUACACUUAGUCUUCUUGAAUGUCUUUUUGAUCAAGCAAAAAUUAGUGAACAAGAUUUUGAUUAUUUAAUUUGUGCAUUCAAUGAAAUACAUUGUUAUGAAGGUGUCAAACGACUUCAAGAAUAUCAACGAAGACAACAAGGUCAUACUCGAAAUGAAUCUAACGUUUCAAAAACUAGAGAUUAUAAUGAAGAGAAUACAAUCAAUGAGACCCAAGAUUUCUCAACAUUUACAUCGAUUGAUAUUUCUGAACAACGUGAAUCAACAUUAACUCAAUCUAUACCAAUAUCAUUUAAUAAAGAGGAUAGUAGUUUAGACAGCGUACAAAUAUCAAUGAAUGCUAUCAAAUCUGAGAAAAAAAUGAAACGAGAUUGUACUAUGAAACAAAUCGACGCUGACAGUAAAGAAGGUAUGCUAUGUGGAGAAAGACUCGGCGGUAAUGAAUUUGAUGAUGCAGUUACUAAUUCAUUGACUUUAAAUGAUAAAUUAAUUGGUAUUACUGUAACAUGGUCUUUUGAUACACUUAAUUCAAUUAUAUUUAUAUACUCAAAUGGUAAAAAAUCACAACAUGGUAUUGGUGAUGCCGUACGAAUUUCAUUAUAUUCUAGUGAAUUUAAUUUAAUGACUGAAGAAAGUUUUACUGGUGUUACUAAUUAUUUAAGGAGACUUACGUAA